UUGUCUUCCCUUUUUUCCCCCCUUUCCUCUCAGGCUGGGAGCAUGGAGAUAGACCCUCCUUUCCGCGAGGCCUACAAGGACCUCCUCAUCGACAAGAAGAAGCAGAUGAAGAAUCCAUCUGCUCCUGCUCCUCCUCCUCCUCCUCUUCCUCCUGACACGGCUGCCAACACAGUCGCGUCAGACAUCAUCGAGGAAUGCGAGCUCCCUCUCAUCGACCUCCAGCCACUGGUGACCGGAGGUCCACUGGAGAGGGAGCAGUGCAAGAACCAGAUGGCGAGAGCCUCCAGAGAAUGGGGGUUCUUCCAGGUGGUGAACCACGGCGUCUCGAGGGAGAUUCUGGACAGGAUGAGGAAGGAGCAGAUGAAGGUGUUCAAGCAGCCGUUCGAGAGGAAGAAGGAGGAGGACAAGUUCUCGGCGGGGACUUACCGGUGGGGAACGCCGACGGCGACAUGUCUCAGGCAGCUGGCUUGGUCGGAGGCUUUCCAUAUUCCCAUGACCGACAUCUCCAGCUCGUUCGACGACGUGGGCGGCGGUUCAUUCAAUAGCCUCAGCUCGGCGAUUGAGCAAUUUGCGACGACGGUGGCGGACUUGGCCCAGAAGCUGGCCGAAACCUUGGCCGAGAACUUGGGCAGGAAAUCGAGCUUCUUCGAAGAGAACUGCGUGCCAAGCUCCUGUUACCUUCGGAUGAACAGGUACCCGCCUUGUCCUUUCCCGGCGGAAGUUUUCGGGCUGGUGCCACACACCGACAGCGACUUCCUCACGAUAUUGCACCAAGACCAAGUCGGCGGCCUCCAGCUGGUCAAAGACGGCAGGUGGUUCGCCGUCAAACCCAAUCCUCAAGCACUCAUCAUCAACAUCGGCGACCUGUUCCAGGCAUGGAGCAAUGGCGCGUACAAGAGCGUGGAGCAUCGCGUGGUGACGAACCCGCGCGUCGAGAGAUUCUCCACGGCGUACUUCUUCUGUCCGUCGUACGAUACCGAAAUCGAGAGCGGGUGUGAGCCGUCGAUCUACAGGAGGUUCAGCUUCAAAGAGUAUAGACAACAGGUCCAGGAAGAUGUUCAGAAAUUAGGGUAUAAAGUAGGGCUUCCGAGAUUCGCGGUAAACGCUAUUUAAUGAUUAAGGAAAGUAGAUAUCAUAUUUAUUCAAUUUUAGGGAUUUGCCCAUUUGUUUUGAUAAUAUAUAUAGCUAGCUAGGGAGAUUGAGCGUGAGAGGGUGGGGAAAAAAAUAAAGAAAAAAAGAAAAUGUUGUUUAUUUAUAUUCUUAUAUUGUUUGGAGAAAGUAUAUAUAUAAG